AUGCUUUCCUAUCAGAAUGUUGCAUAAAAUGAAUAUUAGAAAGAGAAAGAUAUUCCAUCUCCAAGUCCACUUACAAGACCUAAAAACAAUAAUACAAAUUAAUAACCUACUCCAGUUCCCAGCAAAUCUUUAAUAAUUUUGAUUUAUAUCUCAAUAGUUUACAUUCUUAGAAAAUGGAAAAUGAUAAAUAAUCGUAAAUUAUUGCUUCUCAUUUAGAAUAUAAUCCAAUUUAUCCCAAAAAGAUUAAUCAUUUAGGUCUAAUUACAAUAUGAAUUAAAUAAAUCCUCAAGAGUAAAUGCUACUUGAAAAGCAAUAGUUACUUAUGGAAGAAGGUGAAGACUUAAAGAAGCAUAAUUAUUACUACCUAGAGCACAUGUGAAGAAAUUAUAGAAUGAGAAUUAAAAACUCAAAAAAGUUAUCGAUUAACUUCAACCUGAAUUGUAUUCAGUUUACCUUCUAAUCCUUUAGAUAAUCGUAAUCAAAAGUCGAUUGAAUAAGAUCUUGAAGCAAAAUUUGAUUAUUAAGAGGAAAUGAUAAUUAAAUUAAAAUCAGAAGUUCGCAGAAAAUAGGAAGCUUAAUUAGAGAAAUUAUAAAAGAAGUUGGAAGAUUAUAAUAUAUUGUCCUCAUGA